GCGAGAUGGCACCCUAGGCUGCGCCUCCCUUUCGACCAUCACUUCUUCGUCCCCCGCUUUCUUUGGUCUCUUCGUUUUUUCUUUCCCUUUUGCAAUUGUAACGACCCUUACCUGCGUGCUCCGGCUGACGACCCCUUCAUUUAAUCUCACCCACACGCAUACGACAUCCUCACGAUGAGCUACACUCUUCGCUCCCGCAAGUUCUGCUGCUGUCUGCCGGUCAGAUUCGGUGUCUUCUGCUCUGCUAUCUUGGGUAUCGCGUACAGUACUGCAUUCUGCGUACUUGGAUGGCUUGAAGUCCACAAGUAUGCGAUCAAACAACUCGUCAUUGGCAAGGAUGAGCUUGUUGGGCUUGUGCUGUUCGCACUCGCGUACACAUUCAUGCUCCUUUUCUCGGUCAUGGGUUUGAUCGGAGCCAUUGGAGCAGUCCGGCCCUUCGUCAAGGGUUACGGUGUCUCGCUUACCAUGAACACCGUCUUCACCAUCGGCAUCGGCAUCUUCUGGUGCUGGAGGCUGUUCCACACGGACCAGGCCAAGUGCAGCCAGCCCGCUACCACUGAGGAAGAGCAGGUCGCCCACUGGAUCUGCGAGAAGGGCUCUGAGGCUGUCCGUAUCAUCAUCGUCAUUGUCAUGGUCGUCGUCUGGCUGUUCCAGAUUGCCGGCUGCGCCAUCGUGUUUGACUACUGCGGACAGCUCGAUGAUGAGGCGGAGGCUGCUGCCAACGACUACGCCGGCAAGGACGCGCCGGGCAUCAACCCGUACCCGCCCCCGACCUCCAACAUGCGCACCACGUACGAGGCGCAGGCCACACCGAUCAUGAAGAGUGCGUACGACCAGGGUUCGUGGAGCCAGGACGCGUCAAAGCCCCCAUACCCAUUCGCACAACCCGAGAACUCGUACGGUCAGAGGAGCGACGCGAACGUCUAAGAGCAUAGAGACACUGCCUGUUCGGUUGGCAUGCAGCUGCGCGGACGUAGUUUGUCUGGAGAUUAUUACCCUUUCGCUUGCAAUUGUACAUGUCAUGAGUAUUCGGAGUAGACCGAUGACGCGUAAUGAAUUGGUGGUCGAACCU